GAACCAAUCCCCGGAAGCAUGAAAGCACACAUCUCUGAAUCAGAAUCUCCAAAUCUCUGACCGAAUCCCCUGUUGGAGACCUCCUUCCCUUAAACCAGGACAGCACUUCCUCCAUCGAUCAUGAAAUGUCCCAUCGAGGCCACUGUUCGGGACAAGAGAAACUGUCUGUGCAGCAGCCGACCGUCCCACUGCUGGCAGUGAAACCUCUGAACGCAAUUGUCAGAUUUCACAGCCCUAAACCAAUAAAUCCUCGCACUGAGGAAGCCCGAAGAGCCUCGAGACAUGGCGCCGUCGGCCAGCUCAACGUUUCAGAAUUUGGUGGCACAUUGUUCAAAAUCGUAGCUGCGCAUCCAUGGCAUUCAAAUUCACGUUGGACUCUUCUGGAAUGUUCCUCGUAAGAAGGUAAGGACCGAGCGGAGUUUCUUGGUCGUGGGAGAACUCGGUUUCAAGGUUCCGUUACUCUGUCACCGUUGAAUCCGCGAUUCAAGCUCGGCAUUUCUGAGUGGUUUCGAAACUACUUCUUCACCGUUCACUCCGUAGCUUGAAGAGUUCAAGAUUUCUAGCGAACCUCGAGAUUUUGGUGUACCCUCCAUCUGCUGAGGGAGUCAAAAUUUGUUCGAUUUGGAGGUAGAGAAGGACAAUUGCUGACCAGAAAUGUGCAGCGAUAUUUGACCGAACGACACGGUGUGCUUCUAGGUGUUUCAAGAAGCUCGGGGAGUCAUCACGACGGGCAGAGGACGAUUAAUCUGUUGCGGAACCUCAAAUUCUAAUCUCAUGUCAAGCUAGAGCUACCUCUGUAAAUGCGGGAUGUCGGAUGUAGCACAAUUGACGUCGCCGCGGCAACUGCUUGAAGGUGAAGUGACCGAUCGAUGCUGAAGGUUGCAAAAUUUUCAAUUCUCCGCGAGUUUGGUUGCUCGAAGCAGAUACCGACUUACAUUCUUUCUAUUUUCUCGCGAUGACGCUGAUUCAAUCAGUGAUGGAUAUCAUUCUGUGGGGCACUGAUGCCUUUGUCGCAGGAUUCUCUGUGCUGGCAGCCCUCGGUCUUUUCGCAGCUAUGAUCUGGUUGUUUGUGUCUCUUACCUUCUUAAAAUCCUUUGCCCUCCCUCCGAAACCUGCUUCCAAGUUCUUGUGAACAAUUCGAGUACACUCUUUGUAAAUUCUAAUUGCAUUGAUCUUUGCGAAAUCUCCUUCUUGUACACUGUCUUCCACCAUGCUUGUACAGACUGUUUGCUGUGGGACCAACAAAGUCAUGCAUCCAAUUAUUUGCUUAUUGG